AAAUGUAGAUCAGAUGAGAUGCAAAGAAAUGUGGUUCACUUUCACUGAACUCACUUGAGUUCUGGAAAAUGAAAAUGGCGCUACUGAAUCCGAACUUGAACCUCAGGUUACCAUUAACAGCACCUUCCCAAUCUCAGCAGCAACUAUCAUGGCGCUGCAAUGUGGCGGUAGCACCCACCAACCUUGGCACGCGAUUAGGAUUCGGAUCCCCCCUUUCUACUUGUUUCAGAGUGAGAUGCAACGCGGCGGCGCAGGCCGUGAAUGUUGCCGUUGGCAGCGGCACCCCUGUCAGAUCCACCAAUAUACUGGUAGUCGGCGCCACCGGAACUCUCGGCCGCCAGAUUGUCCGCCGCGCACUCGACGAGGGCUACGAUGUUAGGUGCCUCGUCCGCCCUCGCCCUGCCCCCGCCGACUUCCUUCGCGAUUGGGGAGCAACCGUCGUCAAUGCUGACCUCAGUAAACCGGAGACUAUUCCGGCAACACUCGUCGGCGUCCAUACUGUUAUUGACUGUGCCACCGGCCGUCCCGAGGAGCCUAUCAAAACUGUGGAUUGGGAAGGGAAAGUGGCUCUCAUACAAUGUGCUAAGGCAAUGGGAAUUCAGAAAUAUGUCUUCUAUUCCAUACAUAACUGUGACAAACAUCCUGAGGUCCCUCUCAUGGAAAUCAAAUACUGCACUGAGAAGUUCCUCCGUGAUUCUGGCAUCAAUCACAUCACAAUCCGUUUAUGUGGUUUCAUGCAGGGCCUUAUUGGCCAAUAUGCUGUUCCUAUACUUGAAGAGAAAUCUGUUUGGGGAACUGAUGCUCCAACUAGAAUUGCUUACAUGGAUACACAGGAUAUAGCGCGUUUGACGUUUAUAGCGCUACGUAAUGAGAAGAUGAAUGGUAAACUUCUUACAUUUGCUGGUCCUCGCGCAUGGACAACCCAAGAGGUGAUAACUUUGUGCGAGAGGCUUGCCGGCCAAGAUGCUAAUGUAACUACAGUUCCUGUCUCGAUUUUAAGAUUCACUCGCCAGUUGACUCGGUUUUUUGAGUGGACAAAUGAUGUUGCUGACAGAUUAGCAUUUUCAGAGGUCCUUACCAGCGAUACUGUGUUCUCUGUUCCGAUGGGAGAGACAUACAAUCUUCUCGGCGUGGAUUCGAAAGAUAUAGUUACACUGGAGAAGUACUUGCAGGAUUACUUCACCAACAUUUUGAAGAAAUUGAAGGAUCUAAAAGCCCAGUCAAAACAAACAGAUAUUUACUUCUGAAUGAUGAUGAUAUGUAAAUGAAAGCAAGGUCAUCAAUCAAUUAUUUUUAUGUAUAUUUUUAUUGUAUUUUGUGGUCUAACAAUUGAUUUUUGUUAUUUAAAAUUCGGAGCAAUCCAUUAUACAUACACACUCUAUUUGGGUAUGCUUAAGCUUAUGUAAUUACAGAGCUGAUUUUGCUUUGGUAUAGUUUAGUUUGAUGUAAGAACAAUGGUUGCUUAUGACAAAUGGAGUGGAAAAGAACAAUGAUGAGGUUUUUGUUACAA